UGUUGUUGUUGCAUUCCUCUUCGGUAACGCCUUGAUAACCUUUAUCUUUGUAAUAAUGUCACCUCACUCAUCAUGAAUGCUUUCAUUUUUCAAGUGUUGGCGUCUUGCUCAUUGCGUCAUUGUCUUCCGUAAGCAUUGAAUCCCAGUUCUUUUUUCUCGUCGCCAUGUCUUCGUUUAUCCCUUUUUUAACCGACUUGAUUCCGUCUAUUAGAUUGUUUACAUUCUGUGGCUGGUCGGCCUCUUGAUCAAGCGGGAUGAUUUUCUCGGCUAUGACAAUACAAUGCUUUCUUCUACCGCUCCCGGUUAUUGGACUGCCGUGGGUGUGAUAGCUUUAUAUGCUGUGAGUUCCUUAUUUGGCGUUAUUGGCAGCAUCACACAAAAUCGAAAGAUGAUUGGGGUGUUCAAGAUUUUGUAUUGGUUGGUGACAAUUUUGUUACUGAUUGUCACAUUUGCUUUGUGGAUUUUAUGCCUCGUCAAACGAGAUCUUCUGGUGGAAAGCUGUGCCGAAGUGGCCAGAGAAUUGGCUUCAUCUUCUUCCUCCUAUUACACGCCUGUGCAACUUCCUAACGGCGGCGAUAAUCUUACCCAGUCCUGCGCCACAGCGGCGAAGCAACUACUGAUUGUCGGCGGUUUGAUCGUCUUUGUUGGCAACUUAUUUCAGGUUUAUUUCGCUUCGGUUAUCAGCGCUUAUGCCGCCCGCCUCAAGAGAAAUAACCAGCAUCAAAAGCUCAGAGAUCUCGAUGAUUAUCCAGAGAUUACGGCCAAUAAAAUGGCCGUGUAUUAAAGUUAUAGCUGAGAUAUACAAACACAUCCCUAUACCUCACCUCCAAUCCCUCCCCUUUAUCCUCUCAUUACCUUUGCUAUUUGUUAUUUCUUCAUUGUAAGAUAUCAGUUUAUCAUGUAUCCAGUCCCUUCCUUGUGAAAUAGUUGUCUUUUCUACCUGUAAUUGUUCCUGAUCCUUUUGCUUUUUCCUGUCUGCCUUUUUUUUUUCUUUCUCUCUUUUUCUACCAUAAACAAAGUAGAAGAAAAUUGGAGCAACAAUCUUUUGGGAGGAAAAGAACAAACCAUCUUGAAUCAUGG